AUGGUAUUCUAUGAGAACGAGCUGGAACUAAGCUGCAGAGAUAUUCUGUGCCGACGGGGAAGUGUUGCCGGCAGCAAAGGUUGCCGGCAGCAAAGGUUGCCGGCAGCAAAGGUUGCCGGCAGCAAAGGUUGCCGGCAGCAAAGGUUGCCGGCAGCAAAGGUUGCCGGCAGCAAAGGUUGCCGGCAGCAAAGGUUGCCGGCAGCAAAGGUUGCCGGCAGCAAAGGUUGCCGGCAGCAAAGGUUGCCGGCAGCAAAGGUUGCCGGCAGCAAAGGUUGCCGGCAGCAAAGGUUGCCGGCAGCAAAGGUUGCCGGCAGCAAAGGUUGCCGGCAGGAAAGGUUGCCGGCAGGAAAGGUUGCCGGCAGGAAAGGUUGCCAGCAGGAAAGGUUGCCGGCAGGAAAGGUUGCCGGCAGGAAAGGUUGCCGGCAGGAAAGGUUGCCGGCAGGAAAGGUUGCCGGCAGGAAAGGUUGCCGGCAGGAAAGGUUGCCGGCAGGAAAGGUUGCCGGCAGGAAAGGUUGCCGACAGGAAAGGUUGCCGACAGGAAAGGUUGCCGACAGGAAAGGUUGCCGACAGGAAAGGUUGCCGACAGGAAAGGUUGCCGACAGGAAAGGUUGCCGACAGGAAAGGUUGCCGACAGGAAAGGUUGCCGACAGGAAAGGUUGCCGACAGGAAAGGUUGCCGACAGGAAAGGUUGCCGACAGGAAAGGUUGCCGACAGGAAAGGUUGCCGACAGGAAAGGUUGCCGACAGGAAAGGUUGCCGACAGGAAAGGUUGCCGACAGGAAAGGUUGCCGACAGGAAAGGUUGCCGACAGGAAAGGUUGCCGACAGGAAAGGUUGCCGACAGGAAAGGUUGCCGACAGGAAAGGUUGCCGACAGGAAAGGUUGCCGACAGGAAAGGUUGCCGACAGGAAAGGUUGCCGACAGGAAAGGUUGCCGACAGGAAAGGUUGCCGACAGGAAAGGUUGCCGACAGGAAAGGUUGCCGACAGGAAAGGUUCACUUCUUUGA